AUGGAUAUGAUAUUCAAGACAGCAAGCGAUCUGCUUCCAUAUCAUCUUCUCGUCUAUGGCACCCUAAUCGGGACAGAGCUGUUCCAGAGCUUUGUCAACACGAAAAUAUGCUACCAAGUACUGCCGAUGAAAGAGUUCAUUGCCCUUCAAAAAAAGCUGUUCCCCAUAUAUUUUAGAACACAAGUUGCACUAACGGCACUCACGGCUGCAACAUACCCGCCAUACAGCAUCUUCUCCUUGAUUCAAAGUCCAUGGAGUGCAACGCCUCUUGCGAUCGUCGGUUUGACCGGUUGCUUGAACUGGUUUAUUUAUGGCCCAAAAACUACUACAGCUUCACUGGUGAGAAGGGCGAUUCAAGGUAAGACCAAGUUGCCGACAAGAACAUUUACUCAGAGGUCGGGACUGACAAGAGCCCUAACUACAGUCAGCGAAAUCCCCGAUUCGGAUCUAAACGGGCCGAAGUUGCAUCGAGCAAACCGCAAUUUCGCACGAAGCCAUGCCAUGGCAAUUCAUUUGAAUGCAAUUGCGGUGGUGGCCACAAUAUUCUAUGGCUUCUCACUAUCGUCGACUAUCCGGGACACAUAA